CGGACCUGCUCUAUACCACUAUUCCUUUCAUAUAAUUAUUUCAAAGUCCUCAAUUCAAGAUUCAAUCCUAUCAUACCCCUUCUACAAAAAGCUUGCCCUAAGUUUGACAGUACUAGGAAGUGAUAGCUGAAUUGGAUUGUAGUAGGUAGGAUAGAGUACACCAAUCAAUCCACUCAUCCGGGAAAGCAUUCCUAGUCCUCUUAAAACUUAAGAUUGCAAAAAGUCCGAUUAGGAACCCAUGUUUGACAUGCCAAUGGCCCAAGGGAGUCCAAGUGUGAUGGGGGUUGCAGAUGGGCGCGUAACUUGCACCAAUUGAGGAGCAGGACGGGAGGUACUCCAUCCCACUCCAACCUUCUCCAUGGCUGGCGCUUCAUAUCAUCACGCCCAAUCACUCGGUACAAGUCUUUCAAUAUGUCACUCAUACCCCCUCUUAUUUCAGGACGUGUGUUACUCUGUCUCUUUCUGUAAGGGAUUUGCAGCCUCUUUUGUGAUCCUGCACUAUGUUUAAUAAAGAUAAUCACUAGGUUGUGAUCUGGCCCCCCCAUCAACCCGCAAUGUUGCCGGUGCAGAUAUUCCUUGUUAGCCUUUUAUCUCCUGCGGUUGCUGCUGGAUCAGUAGCCCAGGAGCCGUCAAAUCUCCUGAUUCAUAUUCUGAAUCUGAGCCGCCGAGCUGACAGCCACCCCACUACUUAUACAUUUGACCAGUCUCUCCUCGCCAUCCAAAUCGGCGGAAUUGUGGGAGCAUACGUGAUCUUUGUCGCCAUUCUUCUGACCUUGCUCCUCUUUGUAGGACGUCGUCUGAGAAGGACAGUACAAUCGUCUAACUACACACUACAAGUAGAGAUGAUGAAGCCUGUCAAGCCUCCACCCAGUAUGGAUCCAAGUCCAGUCACCCCCAUCUCCACCAAUCUCCCCAGUCCAGGCAUACGAAACGGGUUCAACCGAUCGUGGAGCAGCCUGGGCAAGGGGCCACGAUCUCACAUAGCCGGGAAUAGCAGCGUAUCUACCAUUGACGAAUCGGUGGUUGCAACUGACAGGCGCCGAGCUCAAGAGGAAAUGGAAAUGCUAUACGCUGCCGUCAUGGAGCACGAUGAGAGGAGAGCAGCUGAAAAUGACACUACCAGAGAAGAGAACGAGAUCCCUUCUCCGGACAGCGCCCAGACGAACCCGUUCACAGACCGUUCUUCACGAGUAUCGGAAGCGCCGCCGCCAUUCCCUCAGGCGAGACUUCCAAUGAGCCCCAAGUCUAAUUCUCGUCUGUCGCGGAUCUCGUCCCUCUCCCUUUUCAACAAUAACCCUCGCCCCGACGCAAACUCUGGCAAACAGCGUACCCCUCGUACUGCCCUUCGAAGGCUGCCAAUUUCCUCCCCUGUGGGCUCCCCAGAUGUGACAGCGUCCAGGUCGUAUGGAGAGGACCAGCCCCCACUCACACCACGACUUUACAAUCCGCCUCCUCCGCCAACACCGCCAGUGGUGACAGUUCAAAGUCCCGGUGAGAAUAAAGCUCCAAGGGGUUCACGGGCGCCAGCCCCGGCUCCCUUGAGCAUGUCGGUGGCUGGCCAUGGCUCAUCCUCAUUGCCAUUUCGUGAUGCAUAUCCUCAACAAAGUGCCCCUGCUACCAAGACCACUGUCCUGGAGCGUCCCUUGAAAUCUAUGAAUGGUCCCCGAACCGGGAUGCCGACGCCAUAUAGCCCGUAUAUGCCGUUUACACCCGUCACUCCGUUGACGCCUAGUCGGAUGGUCACCAAGCGGCAGAGGAAACGAGAAGCCAAGGAAAGCGGUUUGCGGGUCCUUAACGAGGAUGAUAUAGUCCGGGAUGAGGAAGAUAUGUGGGGAUAUUAGCGAAUCACGUCAGUCAAUUGGUUCUUACCUUUUAUUUUCUAUCUUUUAUCUUGUUUUGUUUUCUCAGACUCAUUCUCUGAUUCCACAGUGGUAGUGGAUACGAGGUAUUGGGUUUAGGUCUAGAUGCAUUGUGGCGAUAGGGCCAUUCCUGUAUACUCCAUAAGAUAACCAAUAAUUAGAUCUGGCUUCGAGGACCCAAGAGCACAAGACCCAUGCGUACUAUCAUGUUUCAGCAUAUGGAAGGGAUUGUUAUAUUAGUUAUAUUAUAUUAUGAUACGUUAGGUAAUGAUCGGAAUGGGUCUUCCGCUCCGCCACAUCAUUCGCCCGACCAGAGUCUUGACCGUCGUCAUCACGCUCCUUAGCGCCGACUCUCC